UAGAUUCUAGAUUCUUGGACAUUCCUGCUCCUCAUAGAUUGUUUCAGGCAGUCAGGAAACUCGCUCCUAGAAGGUCCUUAGCGCUAGGGACAGGAGAGCGGCGUGAGUGGCGGUGGUGUCUGUCGAGGUGGUAAGGAAAUUCGCUCCUGCUCCGGUCUUGGUAGCUAAGCCAUGGCGUCUGUGGCGUCGCUCCCUGCAGCUCUAACUGUUACCGGCCGGCGUGUCCGCUUCGCUCCCCGCCUCCUCUCACUCCCACACUCCCACCCCUCGUCGUCUACCCGCGUUGUCUCGCUUAAAUGCCGAGCCGAGGCGCGUAAGGAUGACGUGGCGCAACCCACUGACGUGGCAAAAUGGAUCGGCACGGCUGCGGUGACCCUAUCGCCACGGCAGCGCUUCUCUGCGGCUCCGUGGGCCCCGCAUUCGCGGAUGUUGAACUUAAAACGUACUACGGCACUGCUGCUAGCGCGUCGUCCUAUGGCGGGUAUGGCGGGAACGCGAGCAAGCAGGCGACGGCGGAGUACAUCUACGGCGUUCCCGAGGAUUGGAAGGAGCGCGCGAUCUCCAAGGUGGAGAAGGGGACCAACGGCACGGACAGCGAGUUCUACUGGCCCAAGAAUCGCAAUGUGAAGACCUACGUCACGUUCCUAGCUGGCUUCCGCCGUCUCCCCCCGCAGGAGAACGUGCUAGGUGACAUUGCGCUGUCGGACGUCAACCUGCAGGAUUUGAUUCUGUCAGCAGACGAGAUAAAGAAGGAGCAGCACCGGGACCCGGACUCCACCAGCUGUACUACGACUUUGAGAUCGACAGCCCUCUGGGGCAGCCCUCAUUACAGUCACAUGCGCCAAGAACAAGCUCUACGCCACUUUGUCAAUGCACCGGAUAAGUUUUGGAAACGGACGAGGCGUUGCUCAGGCAGAUUCACACGUCGUUCACAACAGUGGGCAGGGACCCCUUGCCCCCCUGAUAUCUUCUAAAAUCCUCCGAGAGGCAGCCCCUUGCAGGGAUUUUGGAGAGAUGAUCGUAAAAAUGUAUGAUUUCUUGUUGUAGGUAGGUGCAUGCUGCUGGACAGAAAUCAUGGCGUUUCUCUUUACUCAGGAAUGUGAGUGAAUGAUGAUCUCUCUUCAAGUGCAGGACCUCAAU